AUUGUCAGUGUCAAAAUUAAAAUUAGCGAUUUCCUCAUAUUGGAUGUUCUGUGUUUUAAACUUCGAAAUUCGAUCGGAUUUUAAAUUUUUAUUUGAUAUUCUACUGGCAGAAAUGGAUAAUUUUCGAGAUAUUAUAAAAUCUAAAUAACAUAUUCAUUCUGAAAAAAUUGAACAACUCUAUUUCUAGAAUAGAUAUUUUCAUUCAAGAUGAUGGAAAUAAUCUAUAUUUAUUUUGAAAUAAGGAAAUUGAAAUAAUAGAAAAAUUUAAAUUUCAUGAUAAAAGUUAUAUUAUUCUUAAAGUAAAGAGAUGAUUGAGCAACAAUAUGGUGUUAAGUACAGAAUGGUCACAAGUUGAAGUGAUAGACUUGGUAAAUGACGGUUCUGGACUUGGAUUUGGAAUUGUGGGUGGUAAAAGUACAGGGGUUGUUAUAAAAUCUAUUCUUCCUGGUGGCAUAGCUGAUAAAGAUAACCGUUUACAAAGUGGAGACCAUAUACUUCAGAUUGGUGAUGUUAAUCUCAGAGGUCUUGCAGCUGAUCAAGUUGCAACCGUCUUAAGGCAAACUGGACAAGAAGUUAGAAUGGUAGUGGCUAGACCUGUAGAACCUUCAUCAGCUGACUUCCACAAUUUGGACUUUAGCGCACCUAUUGUUCCCACAAGAAUUUUAACUGAUCCUGAAGAACUAGAUCGAACUCUUCUACAAAACGGUUUUUCAGCAUUUUGCAAUUAUAAUCGAAAAUAUAGUUGUAUUGAAGAUGAAGAAGAUAUACAUUAUAAUAGCUCUGUAGAAGUUGAAACUUUGAAUGGAAUAAAUGAUAUCGAGCAUGAAACAGCUGUUACUAUUAAUAAUACAAGAAAUCAGAAUUGUAUCUCUCCAGACAGUAUAAAAACUUUAACUCAUGCACCUAUUGAAUUAGAAUAUACGUUACCAGAGAAUGAGAAGUUUUCAGUAGAACUGAACAAAAAUGAAUAUGGUCUGGGCAUAACUGUAGCAGGCUACGUUUGUGAGAGAGAAGACUUAAGUGGUAUAUUUGUGAAGAGUCUAAGUGAAUGCAGUGAAGCUUUCAAAUGUCGUAAAAUUCAGUUGAAUGAUAGGAUUAUAGAAGUUGAUGGAGAGUCAAUAGAGAGUUGUUCAAAUCAUGAGGCUGUUGAAAAGUUGAAAAAAACUGGUGAUAUAGUAAAACUUACAUUUGAGAGAUUUUUGAGAGGACCAAAGUUUGAACAUUUACGAGAGGCCUUGGCAAGUCAGGAAGAAAAUGAUUUGAGUCCACCCUCACCAUCAGUUACUACUUUAAGUUGGAUACCCAUUGAAAACAAUGAGUCUGGAGUUGAACCAGAAAUAGAUUCCAUUAGUGAAAAUAGUGAGAUAUAUGAACAAGCCAAUAAUCAUAAAGAAAUAUUUAUUGAAGAGAAUUUUGAAGCUAAUCCAGAAGAUGAUUUGGAAUCGGCAAUAAAGAAUAAGUGGGAAACGCUUGUAGAUUCAGACUGUGAAAUAGUAGUGGCUAACCUAACAAAGCUUAAAGGUUUGGGAAUCAGCUUAGAGGGAACUGUAGAUGUAGAAAAAGGUGUAGAACUAAGACCACAUCAUUACAUAAGAUCUAUUUUACCUGAGGGACCUGUUGGACAAAAUGGAAAAUUAUGUUCUGGAGAUGAAUUGUUGGAAGUAAAUGGCCAAAAGUUAUUAGGAAUACGACAUGUUGAAGUUGUGAAACUACUUAAAGAAUUACCUAGCACUGUACGAUUAGUAUGUGCAAGGAAGAAUAAGAAUAGAGUUAUUAAUACUUCCCAAGAUAUUGAAGGUUUUGAAGCAAGAAAUAUAUUAGGAGGCAGUUUGAAAAAUUUACUCCCUCAUCCAGAACAGCGUUUACUAAAAGCUUUGAGUGACACCAGUAUUAAUACUUCAAGCACUCUGACAGUAUCAGAUGACUUGAAUCUAACAAGAGAAAAAUCAAGAUCAAUGGAAGAUUCAAAUAUAGCAAUGUGGAAGGACGAAGUAGAGUAUAUUGAAUUAACUAAAAAUGAUAGAGGAUUUGGAUUUUCUAUCUUAGAUUAUCAGGAUCCCAUUGAUCCAAAAUCUACAGUAAUCGUUGUAAGGAGCCUAGUACCGAAAGGUGUUGCAGAACAAGAUGGUAGAAUAACACCAGGGGAUAAAUUGGUUAGUGUCAACAAUAAAAGUAUCAUCAAUGUACCUUUGGAUGAAGCUGUUCAAGCACUGAAAUGUACGGUGCCAGGACCUGUUAGGUUGGGAUUUUGUAAACCUGUGCCUAGAUCUGGGUUGUCAGGCUCAGACAGUGCACAAAAUACUUCAAAGUCUUAAAUUGAUUUCAUUUUCUGAUACAAAUAUAUUUCUGCAAUCUCUUGCAAUCAA